UAAAAGUCAAGAUGGAGCAGAAUCGCAGCAGCUGGCAGCAGUUUCAGUGCAAGAGCCUCAAGAGGAAAAGAACCAGACAGGAUAACACCUUAAACAACCAGGUGAAUGGAACCAGCAAGAAGACGACGCUCGAUGAGGUGCUGAACCUCCCUGCCCUUACCGAAAACACAAGUGUGGAGAGGAGUGGAGCUGACAGGAUUGCCACCAAGAACAAGUAAGUCUCUAGGACCUGUAAAAGAAGAGUCUACCACUGAUGAUCACAACAGGAGCCAGAUCCAGAGCCAGAGCCAGAGCUGCAGUAGAAGCCCCAGUCUGAGCAUAAGCCCAAGUCUAAGUCGAGACAUUGGUGAUACAAACCAGAGCUGCAGUCGCCAGACUCCCCAAAGUGAAUUGCACCAAGGAAGCAGUGAGAGGAGAGGUGGAGGAAACAGUGAGCCGAAGAGAGGAAGAGAUACCCUAGAAAGCACUGAGGAGAGGAAAAUAUCAGAUAGCGGAGGGAGCAGUGAUGCCAGGAGAGGUAGAGAUGGCAGAGAAGAGCAAAGGAGGAGAUGACCGGAGGUGCAGUUGGAAUAGAGACCCUAAAAAGGAGAAGCACGGAGGGAAAAGCAGUGGGAGCAGCAGUGCCACUAGCACCAGGAAACGCCACAGCAACGAAAGUGUGAGCAGUGUCACAGCAGAGAUGGCCAAUAAGAGAGCCAAGACCGUAAGCAGUCCCACAGCGAAGAUGUCCACCAAGAGAGAAAGGACAAGCCUAUCCAGUCCCACGGCAAAGUUGUCUACUAAGAGAGCUAAGACCAGUUUGUCCGGCCAAAGUUCACCUGCCCCAGAGAUGACCAAUGACAAUGACUAUCUGGUCAGGAAAGAAAUGGAGCUUAAAGAAUUAACUGCGUCACUUAAUAGGUUAAAAGCCAUGCUGGCCAUGUGUACCCCACCGACCUCCCCUGGCACUAACGAUAUAAAUGACACAGAUGUUACCCCUCAACCUUUACUUGGUAACAUGGAGAACGCUGUUGAGGUCUUACCCAGUCAAACCCCUCUUCUGGUGGAUAAUAACAGCUCUAUCCCCCUGCCCAGAGUUGACAACAAAGAUGAAGGUACUCAGAAGGUUGGUUCUGAUAAUUUUGGGGGUGGCAGCUGGGAUACUGGUAGCUGUCUGGAGCAGCAGCUGCACAAGGAGGCUGAGUUGACUGAGGAGAGGGCCAUCCUGCUAGGACAAGAACCCGAUGACUGUCAGCACACAGGCAGUGAGCAGAACACAUGGUCAGGGCAAGACCAGUCAGUAGCCCAAAUACACAGACAAUUAAACAAGGACGAGCAAUUUUGUCAAGAUAAAACUCUUCUCCAGUACAGAACUGCAGCCCGAUCUGAAGAAAGUCAAAGGGGUCAAGAGCUAUAUGAGCCCUUUCAGGUUGAUGAGGAAGAUGAGAACAAGUCGAUGGAGGAAACCACAAAAAAACAGCCGGCUUUCGACACCUCUAAUAUUAGCAUUUACAGAUCCCCUGCAGCUGAGACUAACGAAGACGAAGAAGAGCUGAUCAUGAAAGUAAGGGAGCUGGAGAGACUCAAUGCAUUGAUUGCUGAAGGAAAGGCUAUGCUAGCCAUGAAGACACAGGACACCCCCCCUGAUUGUGAGUGCCCAAAUCAAGCUGAUAAGACCCCAGAGAUUUCAACCAAAUGCCAACCCCACGGCUUCCUUCCUGUCCUCCAACAAACACCUUCCUCUGUGGACAAUCACAGAACUACAGCCCUUUCUGAAAAAAGCUGUGGGGCUAAGCUGUAUAAUCCCUUUGAGGUUGACGCGGAAGAUGAGAACACGAUGAUGGAAGGAAGCAUCAAGGGGCUACAUCAUGACUCACAGCAGCAGGAAGUAACAGCUGAGGAGGUUGGGACUGGUACUGGACCUUAUUGUGGCAUUGAUAUGGUGUCCCCCGUGGAGGGUCAACUCCUCAGCAGGGUCAAGGGGGCUGGGAUUGGUGGCAUGGGUAUAGUCUCUCACAGGGAGGACCGGUCCUUCAGCCAGCCUGAGUUAGAGGAUGAGGAGACUUAUCUGUACGGAGGAAAGCCUGGUGACUGCCCUCCUGCCUGUACCGGUAGCAAGCACCUCAAGAGUUCAAACAAAUGUGAGAAAACUGAACAAACACUGAGUCCGGACAAGAGUGAUGUACCUAAACUAACAUUUCGGGAAAUUGAGACCAUCUUACUGUCUAUGGGAUUUAGCUUUCCACAGAGCUCUACGGUUAACCAGCUAGGAAGUAAGGCAGAUGAGGCAAUAAAGACUCAUGGUGCAACACCAUCAUUAUUUUCAUCUCACGUAGACACCCAUGGCAGGCAGGUGUAUGACCCUUUCCAAGUCAGUCAAGAAGAGCAUGGAAAUGAGGCUGUGGAAGCAACCAAAAGAGAACAUGAUAAUCCACAUAUGGAAGAAAAAUUAAGACAUCAUGGAAAUCAACUGGUGAAAGCUGGGGUAGGAGAGCAAUGGAACCAGGCUACGGAAGCAAUCACAGGGCAGCCAGAGACGGGGGGCUAUGGGAAGCAGCUUGUGGAAUCCUUCAUAGAAGAUCUUGAGAAUCCGCUCAUGGAGACAGCUAUACGACAGCAUGGGAAUAAUAGGCCUUUGGAAGAAGGACCAUUAGUGCAGCCUCAAGACGGACUUCUUGAGGAGGACAGAAAUGUUUUAAUUGGCUAUGACCUAGAGUCUUCUAAGCAGGAAGGGGAGGACUUCUUCAGUAGAGCCGAGAAGGAUAAGGAGCACAACAGGUCAAAGGAGCAUGAAACAGGAGGCCAAACGAAAUGUAUGGACAAGAAUCACCAGGCAAAUAAGGCCACUCCCAAAGUUGACAGUCUUCAGCAUCCACAAGGACCUGUUACCAAUAGUGUGGAAACAAUAUGGAUUUGUGGCGAUGGGCUUGUGGAUCUGGCAUCCCGCUUGGCAAAUUCACCAACAUAUGGCAUGAAAUUGGGACAGAGUAUUGCCGGCGUCCGCUUGUACUGGAAAGGUGAGUUGGCCAUGAAAUGGGCAGGGCUUGUACCCCAAUUGCUCCAGCUUGCUCGUGAUUGGCCAAUUCCAGACAUGCUCAUCAUCCACCUGGGUGACGAUGACAUCAUCUUGAGGGACACACAGGAGCUUCAAUGCGCCAUGGAGAAAGACCUGACCUUCAUACACAACCUCUUCCCCCACUGCCUCAUUGUCUGGUCAGACCUGCUGCCCAACAAAAUUUCCAAACAAGGUUCUUCAGCUCUGGUGGUCCAGGAUGGGAUUCAUGAUGUGGUCAAUCGCAGAAUGCAUGAUGUGGUUGCAGCACUGGGUGGAACGGCACUGACUCAUGAACUCCUCAUCCCCGAGCUCUAUCGGCUUCAGGGGGCCCGAUUCUCACGGCUCGUUGUGGAAAAGCUUUUCUUGAACAUCAAACAAUUUGUGGGUCAGUGGAGCUUGGAAGUGCACCACGCUUCAGAGAUGUGUUCCCCAGAGUGCCACCCUCUGCCUUGUGCUUCUUCAUUCACCUGUUCCAUCCCUGAUGACUCCAUUCAUCCUAAAUCUACCAACAGUCACUCUAAGCACAAGGAAAGACCUCCCUCACAUCCCCCCUCAUUGCCAAAGAAGCAAGAGCAGGUUGGUGAGGGACAGGUAAAGCCCAAGGAGGUGAGACAGUCUACGGAGACAGUGAAGAGGUCUACAGGGGUGAUGGAGGCAAAGCAGUGUAUGGAGCAGAGGACUCCAUCCCCUGAGGUGGUGAAGCCCUGCCCUGUACCUGACGAGUCGUCUGCUUCCACUCAUCCUCAAUCUCCCAACAGUCACCCCAAGCCUGAAGAAAAAUCUUUUUCUACCAUGGUGCUUAAUAAGCAGCUACAGGUCGGAGAGGAGUCUAGGAAGAAGGCAAAGUGCUCUACAGAGGACAGGAAAUGGCCUACAGAGGAGGCAAAAAUGUCUACGGAGAAGGAAAAACAAUACACAGAGGUGGCAAGGCCGUCUACAGAGGAACCGAAACAGUCUCCGGAGGACGCAAAAUUGUCCAGAGAGGAGGCAAAACAGUCAACAGAGGAGGCGAGAAAGGCUGCUUUGGCAGGAGCGCGGGCAGUAUUUGCGGAAAAGCGGGCGGCUCUGGAGGCACAGAAGGCAGCUUUGGAGGCCAUGCUGGCUAAAUUUGCAGUGAGCCCAACGCUGCCUUACAGUGAGCACACCACAGAUCAACAAAUUGAAGAAAAACAAAGAUUUAAGAUUAACCAAACUAAAACCAACAAGGUCUGGGUUUUUGGGGACUCCCGGGUGGUGAAGUCCGUCCAAAAGAGGUUGUUUAUGUACCAAAUUAAAAAACAUGGCUUUUGGAUUUCAUACUGGAUACCGUUAGCAGACGUGACCUUAUCCAAGGUCAUAGAGCAUCUGAUGGAGGCCCGUUGCUGUAGACCGUUUCCGGACAUGCUGAUCAUCCAUCUUGGAUCAUUCUGUGACAUCCCACAUGGGAACCUGGAGGAGAUGGUGUUGACCAUCCAGGAGCACCUGCUCAUGAUCCGACGGAUCUUCCCCGGGUGUGUCCUGGUGUGGUCGGACAUCCUGUCAAGGACACACAGGGAAACACAAGGACAUGAGGAUGCCCACAGCGCUGACCUGGCGAGUAACCGGCAUGAGGUCACUCAGAGACUGCACAACGUAGUCAAGCAACUUGGAGGAGCAGCGAUCACACAUGGAAACAUUCAGUCAGAGCACUUUGACUGUGAAAGGAGUCAGCUCUCUGACGUAGGCGAGCAGCUGUUUCAGCAGAACAUCGUAGACUUUGUGGAUCAGUGGAAGUGGGACCACAACUCCACCCGAAGUCUUUCAGAACCUCUUCCCGAACCCACAAGACCUGCAGACCACAAGGAAAUGCUGGGACCUUCAACUGAUAGAACUGUUCAGCCCAUUACAGGUUGUGGUACCCAGAAGGCUGGUCGAGUGGUGUGGAUUUGUGGGAAAGCACUCUGUGGAUUUGCCAGAGAUUCGGCAGAACAGCAAAGUAUUCCACUGCGAAGUGGCACUGGCUCGCUGGAGGUGGUUUGGAAAGUAGUCUGUAAAAAGAAUUUUUUAUUGAAGAACCUGUUGAGUUCAGAGGACAAGGUCAUUCGCCAACCAGACAUGGCCAUCAUCUACCUGGGCAGCGCUGAUCUCAGUGGAAAGUGGAAAUUAGUAGCGAGAACCUUCAAGAGGGAAAUGAGGUUACUGCACCGUGUCUUUCCAGAGUGCCUCAUUGUGUGGUCUGAUAUCGUCAAGGGUAUGAAAGUGAAUAAAACAGAUCCUGGUCUAGACCUCACUAACUCCAUAAAGGAUUUUGUAGUUACUGCACUUGGUGCAAGAGUUGUUACCCACAACAACAUCGGGCCAGAGCUUUUUCGAGGCUGGCCCAAUAAAAAGGUUAUUUCCAGAGUGACCCAAAGAGCCAACCUCAACAUCCAGGAGUUUGUGUUGAAGUGGGAGACAGAGGUCAGUGGCUUAGCACAGAACACAAAGCCCUCACCACAAUGAACUCUCCCAAAUCCUCCCCAUUACAUUCAGCCUCCAAUACGCCGUCCACUAUUUCAUAGCUCAAACACUCUCCACUGGUUUUUCCAUUUAAACGUUUUUUAAUUGUUUAUUCAGUUCAAUUUGUUUUCUGUUUGAAGUACUGGUAAGGCCUCAUUAAAAUGUACAUGCAGCAUAAACGGCACAGAAACGGGAAAUAUUUAGUCUGUCCGUGGUUUCUCAGGCAAUGUAUUCAGGUCUGCCCUUCACACUUGACCAAACGUGAGUUCAGGCCAUACAUUUCAGUGGGACACUGCACACAGACCACUUCAAAAAAGACUUGAACUCUGUUUAAAAGUUGAUGUUGGUUUGAAUGGAGUUUUACACACUGAAACUGGACAAAAAAGUCUUUCCACAUUGUCCUGACGGAGAACUCUGAUGUGAAACAUCACUAUUUUCUAUGUGAUAGAAAAUAUCUGUGAUAUCUGCACUUUGUCAUGCCCACGUGAUGUGGAAAUUGUAAUAUAAGGGUUACUGCACUAUCAACUUCUUUAGUCUGAUGAAGGGCCAGGGUGGCCCUGAAACGUCACAAAAUAAAAUGGAUUAAAUGGGA